AUGACAUCGACUUCAGAAAGAAUCACAGAGAAUUACCAAGGCUUCAUCAGCCCCAAAACGGUUGCAAAUCAUGAGCAACUUCUCAUGGACAUGUCAUUGCAUGGAACCAUUCAACCAGCUCGACGUUUUGCUCUUAAAUAUCGUGUAUUACCAUGCACCAUGGUCAGCAAUGCGUAUUCUACUCAAAUUGACGAUAAUACCGUUGUAUACACUUUUCAUACACCCAGUGUAGUCAAGUAUUUACUCGAUCAAUAUCAAAUUCACAAUAUAUGUACGAACGAAAAAUCUCUUUUUAUUCUGAUCUAUACCUUGAUUUGA